AUGAAGGGCUGCGGGGGCGGUUGCUGCGGGUGUUUGCCGCUGCGGCUGCGCGCGUGUUUGCUGUUCGCCGUGCCUGUGGGGUACGGCGUGCUGCUGCUGCUGCUGCUGCUGCAGGGGCAGCAGGGGGCGCUGCUGAGCAGCAGCAGCAGCCCCUUCCUGGCAGUUUGCUGCUGCGUCUUCGCGGGUUUGUGUCUAGCAGCAGGAACUGUGGGGCUGCUGGGAGUGCUGCUGCGGCUGGAUGCUGCGCUGCGGGGCAGCGUCGUGCUGCUGCUGCUGCUGCAGCUGGUGGUGCUGCUGCUGGGUUUGCUGCUGGGGGCGUUUGCGGUGUACAGACACCGCAGCGCCGGCCGCGCGCAGCCCUUCUGGGCCGCGCCCCUUGCUGCUUCUCCUGCUGCGCUGCUGCUGCUGUCUUGCUGCUUGCUGCUGGUCUCUCUCGUGUCUCUUUGCUGCUUAAAAGCUGCUGCUGAUCUCCAAGCCGAGUAUGACGCAGAGGCUUUUCUGGCGGAGGCGCAGCAGCUGCGAGACAGGGAGCGACAGGCCCUCCUCAGCAAGCAGCAGCAGCAGCAGCAGCAGCAGCAGCAGCAGCAGCAGCAGCAGCAGCAGCAGCGGCGGCGGCGGGAAGGCAGCAGCAGCCGCAGCCGCAGCGACGACGCAGUCGCGAUUCAAAUCCACAGCGACGGAGACUUGCCGCCACGCCGCGCGGCAGAAGGAGCUGCAGAUGCAUGCAGCCCCGCUGACCAUCACCCGCAGGUGCAACUGCAGCAGCAACUGCAGCAACAGCAACUGCAGCAGCAGCAGCAGCUGCUGCUGCUGCAGCAGCUGCAGCAGCAGCAGCAACUGCCAUAUCUGCAACGAUAUCAGAAUCGCACUGCAGCUGCCUUCGCUACUACCACAGCAGCAGCAACAACUGCAGCAGCAAUUCCAGCAGCAGCAACUGCAGCACUGAAUAAAGCAGCAGCGGCAGCAGAAGGCAGCAACAGCUGCAGCAGCAAACGCAGCAGCAACUGCAGCAGCAACUGCAGCAGCAACUGCAGCAGCAACUGCAGCAGCAACUGCAGCAGCAACUGCAGCAGGAACAGCUCCCCGCCCCUCGGCAAGUUUACUGGAGGGGCAGAAGCUGCAGCAGCAAAACCUGCUGCUGCAGCAGCAGCAGCUGUCGUUGCUUCUGCUGCUUCUGCUGCGUCAGCUUUGCUUGACGCAUUCUGCCUAGCAGCACUAAGGCAGGUUUAA